AUGGCAUCCUUCACAAUCUCCGACGAUGACUUCGCAAGUCUGCAGGGCAAAUUCGCCGUUGUCACCGGCGCCUCAUCCGGCAUCGGUCUCGCAACCGUGAAACGCCUCCUCCAGCACGGCGCCAAAGUCUACGCCGCCGACAUGAACGAGAUGCCAGAGCCAGAGAGGUCUCAGGUCGGAUUCUCGAAAGUUGACGUCCGGUCCUGGAAGGAGCAGUCCGAUCUGUUCAAGGCCGCGAAGGAGAAGUUCGGGAAGAUCCAUCAUGUUUUCGCCAACGCUGGUAUCUCGCCGAAAGUGACGCUCCUCGAGGAAGACACGGACGAGAACGGCGACCUCCUCCCGCCGAAGCUGGACGUAAUCGACGUGAACCUCGUCGGCGUCAUGUACACGGUCAAGCUGGCGAUCCACUACAUCCGGCAGCACGACGAGGGAGGUUCGAUCGUGAUGACCGGGUCUGGAUCUAGCUUUAGCAGAUUCUCCACAACCGACUACACCGCAUCCAAACACGCCGUCUUCGGCCUCCUCCGCUCCCUCUACCGCCACCUCUCGCCCGCCCUCCCCAUCCGCAUCAACGCCAUCGCGCCCUCCUGGACCGCCACCGGCAUCGUCUCCACACAAAUAACAUCCUACCUCGGCGAGGGCAACUUCCAAACCCCAGACGUGGUCGCGCGCUCGGUGCUGAAGCUGUUUGCGGAUGAGGAGAGGCAUGGGCAGAUGGUGUAUAGUUGUAAGGGGCAGUUUUGGGAUAUCGAGGGUGGGGAGAAUGGGCUGGUGAGGCAUAAUUUUAGGAUGUUGGGGGAGGGGUAUGAGGAGGAGGAGAUUGUAGUAGAGGGGUUGAAAAGGUUGGCGAAGGAGCAGGCUGCUGCGGCGAAGGAUGGGAAGGCGUCGUAG